GAGAAAUAUCUUUGCUGUCAUCUUCUGGAGUUUCAGUUGGGAUAAUAUAUGACAAUCACCUUUGGAAUUUGAUUGAGAUGUCUUUUGGCAGUCACAUUUUUGACUUUCAGUUCAAAUGUCUUUGGGCAAUCACUUUUCGAUUUUGAUUGAGAUGUCUGUUGGUAGUCGCUUUUUGUACUUUCUGUUGAAAUGUCUUUUGACUCUCCUUCUUAAUUUGAUUGGGAUGUCUUUUGGCGUUCUCCUCUUGAUUUUCAGAUGAUUAUUUUUAAUUCAAAUGUUUGUUUUGCCGAUCACUUUUGGCCUUGAGCAGACAUUACUUUAAUGUUUAACCUUAACUUGUGUACUACAGUGUUUUUUGGUGUUGACUUCAGACAAGAUAUACACAAACAGGCAUUUUUACCCAACAAAAGGGGAAGGCCUCGCAAGUUUCCAUACUUUGAUCCAGCACAGCAGGUGGACCAGUCCAGCAUGACAUGGCUUGAUGCAUUUAGGUCAAGUCAGGAGGAGCUUUAUCCACAGGAGGGUAGCUCAGAAGGUCAAGGGUCACGACCUGAUAGGGUCACAUCAAUCACCAGAGGAUGGGGACCAACUCUUGGGGACAAAGACUAUAAUAAAGACAAAACAUCUGUUGACAAAUCCGACGAAGGCGAAUGGUCGUCUAUAGACAAAUUUGCAGAAUAUUCCCCAUUUCUUCGCUAUCGAAAACAAGACGAACGCCGUGGACUGGACCUGAGUAUUGGAGACAAACAUAACCGUUCAUCUCUCGGAACAAAACAGGAUUCAUUCCUGCAAAUUAGUGAUCAGUCUAGUCCGUGGAAUGCUCCUCCAGUGCUUGAUAAUCUCCACAGGUCCAGGGUGUUUGGCAGCGAGCUCAGGGAUGGCCUUAUUCGUUCCCUUCUACAACCCCUUCCUCCAUCCUCUCUUCCGCCUCCUUGCCAGCUAGAUCCUGCCCUCCUCUAUCGUCUCCGAACAUGGCAACGCUCACCAAGCGAGGAGGAUGGAGAGGAGCGAGGAGAGGACGAAGAAGAAAAUGAUGCUGCAGACGGCGAUGAUGAGGAUAGCAAUGCAUCCCUGUCUAGUCUUUGUGAAAGUAGGACACAAAGACACGAAAGGUCGCAGAGGUUAAAACAUAGAAGUGGUGGUAAAAGACUAGAAAAAACAGAUAAGAAUUCGAGUAAAUCUCACCAGUCAAAACAUGUAAAUAAUAGUGGUGAGCAGAAAAAUACAGAUGAGCUCCAGUCUAAGGGAGACAAUCAUGUGUCAAAAUCACAAGUUCAGGAUGAUCAGUUACGCAAUGACAAAGAAAAUGAAAAAGACAAAGUUACUACCAAGGAACAGUUACUAGGUCAACAUAAUGAAGAUUUGUCUAGUUUACAGAGUAAUGGAGAUCGGGAUAGCACAACUGAAGGGAGCUCAUCUGCUUUUGGUACCAGUGAGGACAUCCUUUCCAGACAGAAGGUGGGAAAGGAUGACAAUUUAAAACAGGACUGACAAAUAGUUACUUAAAGAAAUCCGGAGUUUGAAAUAACAUUGUUUUUACUAAAUGUGGUAACGAAAUAUAUUUGAGUAUUAUUGAUAUAAGUAAAUAUGUGAAUAAUACUUCUCGUCAUAACACAUUCUCAUGUUGCUUCCCUUCAAGGUAACUAGUUCAUGUCCCGAACUUUUAGUCAUAGAGGACUUGAAGUCAUCAGCAUGCAUAGUAUACGAAAUAACUCAAUGUGUUUGAGUUUUUGCUUAUGGUUUGGAGUUUUUUUUAAUUCAUGUUUUAUAUGAGAUGUUAAGAUGUUAUAGAAUAAUAAUAUAAAAUGUUUUGUCAGCGAAUUGUGAUAUAAAACCUUAGUACUAAAAUUGAUAUAGAAAUAGAACUGUUUGUAAAAGGCAGUUCAGUAAAAGUUAUGCAUUGUAGAUUAUUUAUGCAAUGUUUCAAACAAUGGAACGAAACAAUAUGUGCAAGAAAAUAUGUACUUGGUGUAUUUAUUGAUAUCUUACUAUGUUUAUAUAGGUAACACAAAUAAUUAAGUCCCAUAAUUAGAGAGAGAUAUUUACCUUGUGUUCAAAAAACAAUGAUAAGUCACAUAAUUAGAGAGAUAUAUUUACCUUGUGUUCAAAAGACAAAGACAAGUCACAUAAUUAGAGACUUGUAGACAGAUAUUUACCUGGUGUUCAAAACACAAUAUAAGUCACGUAAUGAGAGACUUGUAGACAGAUAUAUUGCCUGGUGUUCAAAAGACAAUGAUCAGUCACAUAAUAAAAGAUGGACAGAUACAAAUUGUAUCUACCUUAUUUUUAAAACACAAAUAUAAGUCCCAUGAUUAUAGACAUAUUUAAAUUUGAAUUAACAGGAAAUAUUUAAGAUAGGCAAACUUCGUAAUCUAAAAUUUUCUUUUAAAAAGGAUCACACAAAAUUAGAGAAUUACAUUUCUUUAGAUUUUACUUUUCACUUUGGAAAACAUGUUCUAAUAUUGUAGUUCACCAAAAUGUGGUAUUCUUUGAGAAGCAAUAAUUUAUGUGCUGCAUACAGGUUAAUCAUCAGCGGAGUAAAAGUGUACAGGGAAAAGGGAAAACAAUCAUGAAUCAUUUUACAUUUAGAUUCUAUGUCCUUUUAUUUUAUACAAUACAAUGCAGUUUAUGCAUUUAAUGAUAUGCAUGUGGUGUGUUGUGUACAUUUUAUGCACAUUGUAUGUAUAUUUCAAUAUCAUGCUGCAACAGUAAAAUAAUUAUGGUAUCUUUUGGAAUAGGUUGAAGUUAAUGAUCCCACAUUCUCUCAGCCAAUAGGAAAUUUAAUAAAUUACAUACAGUUUGUCAGAUUUUUUAGAUAUUCCCAGUCACCUUCCUAUGCCAAAGACAUGAGUCUGGUCAGCAUGCUUUCUUUCCAGUCGAUGAUCAAGUGUAUUGCCUUCUUUUCCCAUAAACAAUUAAUCCAACCAAUAUUUUUUCCAACAGGUCCUUAUCCAGCAAUCUUCCUUUGAAAUAUAUAAAUCGAGUCAGAAAAAUCGAAAGCCACCUUCCUUCUCGAAAGAUAAUCCAUCAAUCACCUUUCAACAAGAUGAUCAGAAGCUACCUUCAUUCCUAGUAGAUUCUGUCCCCAUGUGUAGAGUUACCUGCCCUUUUAUAAGCACUAUUUAUAAAACCUACAGUAUCUUUGAUAAACAUCUUUUUGGGGAUAUAAGCUAGAACAAAAUAAGAAAUGGAUUUUGAAUUUUUUUUUUUUUUUUUUUUUUACUUAAAUGUAUGUAUAGAUCAGAUCUGAUACAAAUUAAUUUUCAUCCAAUGAAAUUCAUGGGCCAUUUCAAAAUAAAAGUCAAAUCACAGUGAUUCUUUUCUCCUUUUUUUCCUUUUUUAUUAUUAUUAUUAUUUCAUUUUAUACAAUUAUACAAUUUUUUGGACAGUCCAAUGCUUGAUUCUCUGAGGUGAAAAGGGCAAAUGAGGUUGGUAUAAUUAUCCUGAUUCCAUAUAUUAUAUAUUUCAUGUCUACAAGCAAUAUUGAGUCUUUCAAGUUACUAUUUUUGCAAUGCAAUUGUCAAAAUCCUAAAUAUGCAUGAUUUAAUAUAUAAAUAUAUACAAAUUAGUAUAUAAAACUAUUGUGUAUUUAAGUAUGCAAGUACAUACAAUUACAUGUACAAAUGUAUAAUGUUUACCUUGGCCAAUGGAUUGUUUCACAAAGGUUGUAAAUACUCUGAUCAGAAAAUCUUUGAAUAUAUUUAAAAAUCUGCCAUUUCCUCAUUGUUUGGAAUGACUGCCGACUUUAAUUUUGUUCAAUGAUAUAACAGGAAUUAUUGUUAAUGGUUUUUAUGUUAAUAUGUUACCACUGUAUGGCCGGAGCCACAGAUCCGUCUUACUUUACUGUGGAGUUAUCUAUGAAAGUAGCAUGACUUGGUUAAAUAUAAGCCUAUUAGGACGUAAUAUCAUCACAAUGUAUAGGCAGAAUUAUAUUGAUACGCCGUCACAUGUAUACAGCCACUGGAUCACAUUGUAAAUCCACUGGGUCAUUAUAAGUAAAUUAUUUAUCACAUCUCUCAAAAUUAUCCAGUGUCAACAUAAUUAUAUGCUGUAUUUAUCUUGUAAUGAACCCAUGUCCGGUAAUAAGCCCAGGUGUAUCUAUCAGAUAAUGAACACAUACCUCGUAAUAAGCCAGACUGUAUUUAUCUGGUAAUGAACCCUAGCUCGAGUUUCCUCUCGUCCCCACACCAGACAUGGGUGUCAUGGCCAGGGGAAACUCGGGCUAGGUAAUAAUACCUGUAUUUACAUGUAUCUGAAAAUGAGCCCAUGUCUGGGUUUAAAGCCUACCUGUAUUUAUCUGAUAAUGGGCCCAUGUCAAGUAAUAAGCCCACCUGUAUUGCAGCUUGAUCAGUAGAAAUGUGACUUUGUUGUUUUGUUAUAAGCCCAUUUGACUGACAUAAUAUUGUUUGUCUUGAUCUCAAGGGCACAUCGCACUCGGUAACUACAAUACACAACAUGGCUUCUCAUCGCCAUGAUACAAUUUUACACCUCAUUUGUGGUAGUUUGCUGACAGCGAGAUCCACUGAACAAGUUUCAUUUUUGAGCAUGAUGAAUCAAGACUUUGUCUAGCCUAUGUAGUGAUCACACAUUUUGAUGUGGUGUCUUAAAAAUUCCUGGACUUGUAACAAGAUUGGUACAUUCAACUUUAUUUGAGCAACAGAGCAUCAAGAAUGUGUAUUUAAUACUUGUAUUGAAAGGACAAAUAUUCACAGCAUGAGUAUUACUUUAACCACAGACUUGUAUCAUGUUUAUCUAAGUCUGUGCUUUAACAAGAUAGCACAUCUAUAAGGUCGUGUACUUGAUCAUAUAUCCCAAAGAUAGUAGUAUUAUUAUCAUUGAACAGAACCCAAUCAUAUAAUAUUGGAGCCAUUUCUGUCUGAACUCUUUAGUUUCAUCAUGUUAUGCUUAUGACGAAUUCAGUGUUUUGAACGAGACAAUCUCCAGAAGCUUUCACAUUUUUCGAAAGACAAGUACCAAACUUACAAAUAAUAUUGCAAUAUUUCCUUUUAAUUGUUUGGGAAAUCAUUAUUUUCUAAACUGUCUUGGUUGUUGUGAGGAUGCACGAAUUCCUAUAUAUAUACUUACUUAGAUAUGAAUAUGAGGGAAUUGAGUUUAUUAUUAUUAAUCAUAAAUACUAGUGGGAUAUAUGUAUUUUUGUACUCAAGAAACUGAUUUCUCCUCUUCGGGAAAAAGGUUAGAUCACAGCUGUAUUGAACAUGUACAUGUACUUAUAAAAUUUAAUGAAUGCUCUACUUGGAUAUAUAAAAUUCGACAGCUUUCAAUACCUUGGAGGCAGAUAUAUGUAGCUUCUUUUUCUGUACAAUUAUUCCGACUACCAGUUUUUCAACAACAUAACGAGUUUGUAGGUUUACUCAAAAUAUCUGUUUUUUGGCUAUAGUGCACAGGUUAACAAAUGUUCUGAUCAUUAUGAGAUUACAAGAACAUUUUUAUCUGAAAUUUUAAAUCAUAACGUCCCAAAGUUAAAACACCAGAAUUUGCAAGGUCCCGAUCAUUUGUUAGUUAGGAACGAUAUAGGCCUAGUUGUAUGUCUGUCUGACAAUACAUAAACAGGCCAAUUGAGGUUUGUUAUCUGAGGCCAAGAAUAGCUGAGCUAGUUUGAGUGAUGUCUCUUGAGAGACCAUGUUUUUGGUGUUACAGUGUGUUUUUGUUUGUGUUUAUAUUGGUACAUGAAAUGUACACUGUUGUUUAUAAUAUAAGUGCUUACUAAGUUAUUUUGCAAUGUUAAACAAUGUGUUCUUUAUUAUAGAGUGUUUCAUUAAAACCUGUUACUCAUCAGUCA